AUGGAUUAUUUCAGGGAUAAUGAGGAGGAAGUACUUGAUGAUAUGGCUUUCAACGAAACCCAGGGGUUCGAACCACUCAAUGCGCUCCUCGAAGAUGGCAGUUUCAAGCAGGAAGUCAUGCCUGACUAUUGUCCCGAGCCCGCUCAGCUCGUAAAUAUCAAUGCGGGUGCGGUCGGUGCCGAUAUGAGCUACUGUCAAACGCCCCCGGGAUUGCCCACCGGGGGUUCGGCCGGUUCAUGGGAAGGCUGCGGCGUCACCAGCGCAUCCAAUGCCCUUUAG